ACCCCUUUCCACAUUUCCCUUUAAUGUAUGCAAGUCCCUCCCCUGCCGGCCGCCCCUUCUCCGUCCCGUCCGUGGUCAACAGCUCGCUCCUCUCUCCUCCUCCGACGCUUCGUGCUCGUCCCAACUCCGGUGGGUGGUGGUAGACGGCCGGCGACGAGGCUAUCCUUCGUCUUCUUCAGUGAGCAAGGUGAAUCCAGCCGUGGUGCGGGCACUGUCAGUUGCCAAGGAGUUUCCAUUGGCCCCUGGACUGGAGCAGCAAUGAAGAUACUGAAAGAAAAUGCAGGGUCCCUUACAAACUUCGAAGUUCUUGACUUUUUGCGAUCAAGAGGAGCCAAAAUUGACCCCAUGGGAUGCUUGGGGGCUGUUGCUGCAUCAGAGUGUAAGGUGUAUGAGUACCUCUUAAAAACCCCUGCUUGCAACCAGACAAGGGAAUCAAUCUAUGAAUUUGUGAAGAGAAGUGAGGGUUUCAGGCUUGCUGAUGCGGAUAAGCUAAAUGUCAUCAACUGGAGACCAUCCUCAGCUGCUGAUGCAUAUGCGAUGAUAGAAGAAUGCGGGAGGCGAUUUAACAGGGACGAGCGAGGAGAAACAUGCAACGAAGAUAAACGGGUCCAGGAGUUUUUGGAUAUAGUGAAGGAGGUAUUACCACCACCCCCUCCGAAGGCAGAGGGUGAGGGUGAGGGUGAGGGUGUAGAGGCAGAGGCUGAGGCUGAGGGUGAGGCUGAGGCUGAGGCAGAGGCAACACAGGAGUGAAGGUGGUGUAGGUUAACAUGUUGGAGAGUCAGAUUUCAUGAAAUCCUGAACAUGUCUGGACGCUCCAAGUGAAUGCAACGCUCCAAGAGAAUGCAAUGUUACGUACUGGUGCCUAGUGGUGAGUGAAGGAUAAGAAGAAAAGAUGUCCUAUGCGGCAGUACUUUGCCACCAGGAGUCCCAAAAUUUUCGUUUCGCUAUCAUGCCUGUCGAAACAAAUUUCAACUCGAUUCCGCACUGCUGUUACCAUGUCAGAUAUACUUCGUUUCAAA